AUGGGCGCCAUUAACCAAUUGCCUACCACCAUGCAAAUUUUCCACACAGAAAAGUUACAUUUGAAGAAUAAGAACAAGAUUCAAAGAUGUCCACUUGAUUCUGUUCGAUUGAAAGGAAGAAGUAGUCGAAGGAGUUUAAUUUUGAUCAUGGGUGCUUGCUUUUCUUCUUCUUCUUCCACUAAUCAAACGACGAACACUGGCAAUCUCAGUUCAGCCAUUUCACAGACCACCAUCACCAGCACUACUACAAAUUCAUCAUCAUCAGGAAUAAGCAGCAAUGUCUCCGGCAACAGCCAGUUCUCGGCGGCAAGUGGUGGUGAUGACCGACAGCCUGGCGGCCAGAUCUUGCCCCAUCCUAAUCUUAGAGUAUUCAGCUUUGCUGAACUCAAAACUGCCACUAGAAAUUUCAGAAGUGAUACAGUUUUAGGUGAAGGUGGUUUUGGAAAAGUCUAUAAAGGAUGGAUUGAAGACAAGUCAAGUUCAAAAAAUAGUGUAAUUGCAGUCAAAAAAUUGAAUUCCGAGAGCAUGCAAGGGUUAGCAGAAUGGCAGGCGGAAGUGGAUUUUCUAGGAAGGCUUCAACAUCCAAACCUUGUGAAGUUAUUGGGAUAUUGUUACGAGGGUACCGAGUUGCUACUCGUAUACGAGUUUAUGCAAAAGGGAAGCUUGGAAAACCACUUAUUUGGAAGAGGUUCAACCGUUCAACCACUUCCGUGGGAUCUACGGCUAAAGAUUUUGAUUGGAGCGGCUCAAGGGUUGGCGUUUUUGCACACUUCUGAGAAACAAGUUAUCUAUAGAGAUUUCAAGGCGUCAAAUAUUUUGCUCGAUGGGUCUUAUAACGCAAAGAUAUCGGACUUUGGGCUUGCGAAAAUUGGCCCUUCGGCUAGUCAAUCACACGUAACAACUCGGGUCAUGGGGACUUACGGCUAUGCUGCUCCUGAAUAUGUUUCUACAGGGCAUUUGUAUGUGAAGAGUGACGUCUAUGGUUUUGGAAUUGUAUUGGUUGAAAUGUUAACGGGCUUGCGGGCACUUGACAAUACCCGACCGGCUGCCCAACAAAAUUUGAGCGAUUGGGUGAAGCCAUAUUUAGCUGACCGAAGGAAAAUGAAGGACAUAAUGGACUCGCGGCUCGAAGGAAGAUACCCUUCAAGGGCUGCAGGCCAAAUUGCCCAAUUAGCCCUCAGAUGCAUGGAAAAUGAACCGAAAACCCGCCCCUCAAUGAAAGAAGUGGUUGAAAAGCUAGAACAACUCGAUGCCAUGAACGGAAGGCCAAGGGUACCAAGAGUACACCAUUCCUCUCAUCAUUACUCACAACCUCAACAUACCCAACAACGUUCACCUCAUCAUCGUCGUUCCCCACAACCUCAUGCGGUGAAAGAAGGGAGUCGAGGAAGUCGUCGCUCACCGAAAGGGUGGUGAAUUUACGGUUUUACCCUUGGGAUUAUACUGGAUAUGUCAAGCUCAUCCUCAUUCAGAAAUUUUUUCCAACGAGGGCAAAAAGCUUUUUUUGAUGGAACAUUGAUAGUUGUGGCAAUGGGGGAAAAUUACAAAACACCCUUAAACUAUUUAUGUAUGUUGUUGUUGUUUGUAGAUAAUUAUGAUAGGUAUUUAUAAUUUUAUGUAUG